AUGCCCCACGUGAUGACCGUAUUCGACAUCACAGUGAGUGUCUUCUACUUCACGCUGUGUGUCGUCAUCGUCUGCAGCAACGGCAUCACUCUGGUUGCUAUGUGCAAAACACCAGCACUGAGGGCUCUACAGUGUCAGUAUACUAUCGCCUGCCUGUACUCUAGCAUCACCAUCAGCAUGUUCACCAUGUGUUCUGUGGCUGCAGACAGGUACAUCUACAUCGUCCACCCGUUCUUCUACCUACGUCACAUGACCGCCAAGAUUAUCGUCUGCAACAUUUUGUCUCAGUGGGGGCUGGCGACAAUAUACGGCUUUAUGUCUGCUUACAUUUCCAUCCGAGGGACGCAAAAGUGGUGUGAUCCAAUUCUCUCAAUACAGCAGGACUAUUUUAGCUACGUGAUUCCCGUGUGCUUUGUGGCUAUCUCUAUAGGAAUAGCUAUCAUGUACGGCCUCAUUGCAAGAACAGCGAAACAACACUUUGAUAGAAAAGUGAGAAGACUUCAAGACAUGCAAGGCGUUUUAAGCAAUUGUUCCAAUGCUACAAUCCAAAUGAAAUCGCCAGUCAGUCUCGCACAGAAGCUUCGUAGCGCUUUCAAGUUGAGAAAUACAAGUAGAGAGGCGAGUUGUUUUCACGAACUAACACCAUGUGCCGAUCAAGAUGGCGUCGGUCGUUCGGAAACAAACGCUUCAGCUGCAGAAGGUCACAGUGCUGGUCCAAAGGGUCACGAUGCUGGUCCACAAGGUCACCCUGACCUUGUGGUCCCGUCAACCCUGGCCUCCUUCCGGUGGAUCAAGCAGAUGGUGGUUGUCUUCGGGUUGUUCACGGUCUUCUGGACACCGGUCAUGGUGUACAUCAUCCUGUCCUUCGUCUACAGCAUCAACUCCCAGGUCCUGGGCGUCCUCUUCACGCUUGGUAUCGCCAACUCGGCCGUCAAUUUCUUUGUUUACUCCUACUACAACAGCAAGUUCCGUCAGGUCAUCAGGGGCAUGUUUUUAUAUGGCUGCAAAUCUUACAGGUCGUGA